GCUGGCCUCACCAGACAAAGUGGUGAGGUGCUACGUGACUGGCGGCCGCGUGGGUGCUCAGACCGGCGAGCCUGUGAGGCGCGGGCGACGGACGCGCUGGAAGCCGGGCCCGCGGGAACUCCGCCGCGCCGCCUCACACACACACACUUCGGAGCCGCGCGCAUAACGAUAUUUGGAUUUGAACUGCAGAUUGGAACCUAUCCGCACUUGAAAUGCCACCAGCGGUUGGAGGGCCUGUUGGUUACACCCCGCCAGAUGGAGGCUGGGGGUGGGCCGUGGUUGUCGGAGCUUUCAUUUCCAUCGGCUUCUCUUAUGCAUUUGCCAAAUCUAUUACUGUCUUCUUCAAAGAGAUCGAAGGGAUCUUCCAUGCCAGCACCAGUGAGGUGUCUUGGAUAUCCUCCAUCAUGCUGGCAGUCAUGUAUGGGGGUGGUCCUAUCAGCAGCAUCCUGGUGAAUAAAUACGGCAGCCGCCCCGUCAUGAUCCUCGGUGGUUGCCUCUCCGGCGCUGGGUUGAUCGCAGCCUCCUUCUGUAACACAGUCCAGGAACUUUACUUCUGUAUUGGUGUCGUUGGAGGUCUCGGGCUUGCCUUCAACCUGAAUCCUGCAUUGACCAUGAUUGGCAAGUAUUUCUACAAGAAGCGACCGUUGGCCAAUGGACUGGCCAUGGCAGGCAGUCCUGUGUUUCUCUCUACCCUGGCCCCCCUCAAUCAGGCUUUCUUUGAUAUCUUUGGCUGGAGAGGAAGCUUCCUCAUUCUAGGGGGGUGCCUCCUAAACUGCUGUGUAGCUGGAUCCCUGAUGCGACCCAUAGGGCCCAAGCCAACCAAGCCUGGGAAAGUGAAGUCGAAAGAAUCCCUUCAGGAAGCUGGAAAGUCUGAUGCACAGAAGGGUGCAGGCGAUGCAAAUACAGAUCUUAUCAGAGGGAACCGCAAGGAGAAGUCGUCAGUGUUUCAGACCAUCAAUAAGUUCCUGGACUUGUCCUUGUUCACCCACAGAGGCUUUUUACUGUACCUCUCUGGAAAUGUGCUCAUGUUUUUUGGACUCUUUACACCCUUGGUCUUUCUUAGUAAUUAUGGCAAGAGCCAGCAUUAUUCUAACGAGAAGUCUGCCUUCCUUCUUUCCAUCCUGGCUUUUGUUGACAUGGUAGCCAGACCUUCCAUGGGACUGGUGGCCAACACAAAGUGGAUAAGGCCUCGGGUUCAGUAUUUUUUCGCCGCUUCUAUCAUUGCAAAUGGUGUGUGUCAUUUGCUCGCACCUUUGUCCAGCAGCUACGUCGGGUUCUGUAUCUACGCCGGAUUCUUUGGAUUCGCCUUUGGGUGGCUCAGCUCCGUGUUGUUUGAGACCCUGAUGGACCUCGUUGGACCCCAGAGGUUCUCAAGCGCUGUGGGCUUGGUGACCAUUGUGGAGUGCUGUCCUGUCCUCCUGGGCCCACCUCUUCUAGGUCGUCUCAAUGACAUUUAUGGAGACUACAAAUACACAUACUGGGCGUGUGGCGUAAUCCUAAUUUUCGCAGGCAUCUUUCUCUUCAUUGGCAUGGGCAUUAAUUACCGACUUGUAGCAAAAGAACAGAAAGCUGAGGAGAAGCAACAAAAGGAAAGCAAAGAGGAGGAGACCAGCGCGGAUAUUGAUGAGAAGCCCAGGGAAGCCCUCAACACAGCCGAAUCCCCAGAGCAGAAGAGCACAGACGCCGACCCCAAGGAGGCUGAGAGCCCCGUCUGAGCCCGGAGCCGUAGGGUGGGAAGCAGCCCACAGCCCGAGGUGUUUGGAAUUACUCUACUGGCCUGCAGUCUCCCUGCAGUCUCCAGUGGUGCUCAGAGCAGAUGGUGGGCUUUGGUGUGGAAAUUAUACCAGGUGUUUGAUGGGAUUCUUGUUCUCACUCCUUACCACUAGCCUGAGUGGAAAAUUGUCAUAUUCUUUGGGAGGGAGUGGUGGACAAAGGAUGAGGGAAGGAAGUAGAUUUUGUUUUGUUUUUAAUCUUACUUAGCUUUUAAUGUUCUCAUGAAGAUUAUGAUACGUGCCUUAAGUUUUAGUCUUUAGAACUCUUUAGAGAGCCUUAACUUUUUAAAGCCUUCUGCUGAAUUCAUCUACUUUAUGUGUCACAUGGACAGGAAAAAGAGCAACUACCUUGUCUGAGGCCAGUCUAGAAUUGGAAAUUGAUCUUGCCGCACGCUUGUUUGUAAUGUACCCUCAGACAAUGGCGUGGUCACGGGAACACAGAAAAAUACUAGCUCAGAGUCGGAAGUUUUAUAUAAAAUGCUGACUUAAAUAUUUUUCUAGCAUCAGUAAUUGCCUGGCACAUGUGCCUGCUAGCUGUCUUUAGGAAACUUUGAGCAGAUCCUUGUCUAGGCCUCCUGGGUGCCGUUCUCCGGAUGCAUUCUGGAAGCCACAGUGCUGAGUUUUACUGUCUCUAAAUCCCCAUACCUCUUGCUCCCUGUUCAGAGACACAUUUUGAGUGGUUUUCGACCCUUGCCCCUUCUGAAAUCACUUGAUUUGAUUUUUUAAUACCUGCAAAAGUUAGUAUUCAAAUCUACAAAACUAUAAGGUUGUGCCUCCAUAGUAAAUACAACACAAUUAAAUGUAGGCAGAUAUCUGCAACAUAAGCUGAAUUUGUUUUUGUUUUUCCAAACCCUCAGUUAAACUGUGAGACUAUUAGUAUUUUUCCUUUUUCCUGGAAUAUUUCAUUUAUACCUGCUUCUAGUAUAGAGAGCUGUGUGUGAGAUUUAUAGCCUCUGUGUGUGUGGUGGGUUUUGGGAAUUUUUUUAACCCCUCCCAAUUGAAGACGGCCUAGAAAAAUCUGCCCCAGGCCAGCCAAUAACAGUAAGAUUGGAAGGGCAGUUGCUAACUGUGCUUUAGGUUAGAUCAUUAAUUCCUUUUCUUUUUUUUCUGAGAAGGCCUUAAAGAAAAUUAUGUUACUUAGAAUUAUUGAACAUAUUCAUACUCUCCACUCAAAUCACCCUUUUCACAAAACUGAUUAGAGAAAUGGGUUCAGUAUGAGGAUACGAGGGAGGGUAGGCCAGAAUGAAAAACUGUAAAUAUUUUUUUUAGCAUAUCUUUUAAAUUGAGGCAGAAAGAUAUAUUCAAUAAAUUAUAUUCAAUGCAUUAAAAUACCACUGUAAUUGAGAGUGAAAGUAUAUACAAAACCUUGUGUAAGAGGCUGACUUUUCCAAAUAAACUUUUUUUU